UCCACUAAUGGCACCCUCCUGAAACCGCUAGCUGCAGAGCCACAAUGCAAAUAUUUACUAAGCAGCUUAUGUUUUGUGUUGGUUCGUUGUUUCCCAGUUUCGUAAAGAUGCGAGUCUCCCCGAAGCUGUGAAAAGGUGUAAGAGACGAUAGCACAGAAGAAAACACACGACGACCGAUCGGAUUCAACUGUUAACCUCGCAGGAACCCUCCAAAGAUGCCUGAAGUUCGGGAGCUUUCUGAAGCUUUGCCAGAGAUGCCCAUGGACCCAAUCACUGGAGUCGGAGUAGUAGCCUCCAGGAACAGGGCUCCCACUGGAUAUGAUGUGGUCUCUACAACAACAGACGGCCUGGAUGCUGACCUGUGGAAAGAUGGCCUUUUCAAAUCCAAGGUGACCCGCUACCUCUGCUUCACCAGGGUCUUCUCUAAAGAAAAUAGCCAUUUAGGCAAUGUUCUUGUGGACAUGAAGCUAAUCGAUAUAAAGGACACUCUACCUGUGGGUUUCAUUCCAAUCCAGGAGACUGUUGACACUCAGGAGCAGGCCUUCAGGAAGAGGCGACUCUGCAUCAAGUUUAUUCCACGGGACUCCACAGAGGCAGCCAUUUGUGACAUCCGCAUCCUGGGACGCUCCAAGCAGGCCCCUCCUCAGUACACCUUUAUAGGAGAGCUCAACAACAUGGGAAUCUGGUAUCGCAUGGGGAAUGUACCUCGGGCCCAGGACUCCACCCACACACCCACCACCAACAACAUCCAGAAUAUGAACUCCUCCUCCAGCUCAGCCCCGGUCCCAGCAGCUCCUUUGCCCAAGCAUAUUUCUAUGACUCUUCCGGCCAGCUUCAGAGGGAAGAACACUACCAGGCCAGAUUAUGAACACCAGAACUCCAACCUGUAUGCUAUCUCAGCAAUGGAUGGAGUGCCUUUCAUGAUCUCUGAGAAGUUUGCCUGUGCCUCGUCCGAUCUUCAGCAGGUGGAUCUGAUGGGUAUUACAAUCAAGUCACUGGCUGAGAUUGAGAAAGAGUAUGAUUACAGUUUCCGGACAGAGCACAGUGCAGCAGCUCGUCUCCCUCCCAGUCCAACACGGACCUCCCUGAGCUCUGAGGCCUGAGCAUGCCCUCCUAACCCCUCCCUAACAACACUCUCCUGUAUGGACACCAGAAGGAGAGACCUGUACACAACUACUGAGGACUUCACCACUACAGUCCCAAACAUCUGUACUAAAAACCAACAAGGACUCUGUGGGUCUGACUGAAACCACUAUAUACAAGAUUGAUGAGCUGGCCUAUGAGAGGGAAUCGCCCAUUGUUGGACAAAACAGACCUUUCUUGCUCAAGGAAAUCUUAAAAUUCAUUUCUUUUCCUAAACAGUUGUGAGUGUUGUUCCCUGUAAUUGAAAUAACCACUCUCCAUCUGAAGGACUUGUUACAAACAAGGUAAAAGGAUUAAAAGGAUGCUUUAUUCUGAAGGAGGGCACCUGUUGGGCCUUUGCUCUCUGAAAUGCAAUGAGGGCUGAGAGCAGCCAUCGUAUUCGCCUUCCUCGUUCGUGACACACCUGCUGCUCUGUCAUUGGCCUGAAUCAAGGCACCUGGAGGGCACAUCAUCCCAGUAUGUAUUGGUCUUCUUAAUGAGGAAUGAUUCUCAUUGUUCUCUAGAUGUUUCUGUAAUGUACUGGUGUGACAGUGAGUUCACUUUGUGUUUGGGAAUUUCAUUAUGGUUCCUGUUUGUGACAGAUAUUCUGUUAACCACUCCUUUACUGUUUAUAUAUGUGAGCCAAAAGCUCUGCUUACUUAUGGAACUGUUACAGUUUAAAGGUCGCUAAACCGAUGCACAGGUCACUGCUGGACUACACAUAUCACCGUCAGCCACAGUUCAUGUAAUGUCAAUGUAUUGCUGUUUUUUCGGGCUGGGUAUCAUUUUUCCAUAUUGGUGAGUUUUGGUACCAAUGCUAAAACAAUACUUUUUUCAUUACCUUACCCUUUAAUAACUAUGAAUAUAACGAUUUUUAAAACAAAUGUUCUUCAUGAAAAGAGGAACUCUCAUUUUAGCUCAUACGCCCCUCCAUCACAUGUGUAUGGCACAGCACAGUACAGCUCCAGUGUCCCUCACCGCUGUCUAAACCAAGCGUUUCAUUUUUAGUCAUCGAUUUCAGUUUGUCAACACAUUUGUCUAUAUCAGCAGUUUCAUUGAGGUUGAACUGCUGUUGGUCCCGCUCUGUCUGGAUGAUUUCUAUCUGGCUGCUGUUACACAGGCUCCUGAAGCUCCAUGCAGUCUAAGUGUCGAUGCUGAAGAUGCACUAGAAGAGCAGUAUUAGAUUGUGUGUGCACUUGGUGUUGUUUUGUUGAGGGUGUCUUUGACAACACAACAUACUCACAGAUGCCAUCUUUUGGUGCACAUUUCGAUCGAUGGUACCAAAACAUACACAGGUUUGAUAUCCAGCCCUAGUUUCUCUGCAUCAUCAGAGCGAUCCUCACUAUUUGCAGUUACUUUUCUAAGCACAAUGCUUACGCACAGAAAGAUGGUGCAGUGUAAGUGUCCCAAAUUGUAGUCAGUUUUUCAUGUUUUACUUUUCUUUUUAUUUGAAUACAUUGGUUACAUGUAAAACAGCUUUGUGCCUGCAGUGCAUGUUUAUCCUCCAACAAUGGUAGAUCUUUAAUUCAGCUUUUUCCCUUUUAAAAACCUUCUUCUUUUAGCUUGAAUCCAUUUCCAUAGUCUGAAACUUUAACUUAGCUUUUUUAUUUAUUUUUUUUACCCAUUUGACAUGUGAAGAUCACACAACUCUGAACCUCUACAGUUCAGUUCCAGGAAGGGUCAAUGCUGGGUCUGAGGGGCAGUGCAUCUUUAAUCCAGACAAACUCUUCACUUAUCCGCAGUCACUGCUCCCCAGCAACAAACACAUUGUACAACAGCAUUUGAUGUAGCAGCUUGAAGGGGCUGGCAUGGAACCAGUUUAGCCAGGUAACAACCAGUUCUUUGGCAAUGGAAGGGUUUCACAUGACUCAAAAUGCAGCUCAGGAACUGGCUCCAACCCAGGCUUGUCAUUGGUAGGAAGGUCCUGUGGCAAAAAAUGCUUUACAAAGAAAAAUAUUCAAUUAAAAAUAAAAACGUCAAAGUUAAUCAUCAAGGGAGAGUAUCAGGUAAUGCCAAUAACAUCGAUAAUGCCUGAUAAUUGUUUUUUAACAUAAACAGAUGACACAACCAAAAGGUAUCCUUUAAGCUUUGUUCUUAAGGAAUUGUGUGUGAGCGGGACAUUUUACAGUCCAGUAAUCAUCUUGUCUCUCUGGAGGACAAACUAUGUAAUGACAGCACGUUUCUAAAGACCUCAAACAGUUCUUGACAUUUCUGUGCUGAUGUUUCUUGUUGCUUAGGGGCAAACAUAGAUUUUGAUACAGAUUUUCCAGAAUUUCUCAAAUACUGUCCAGGGCCUCAUUUCCUCUGAUUUAGAAAUAUAUUUUAUCAUCUUUUUCAGAUCUGCUCCUGUUUUUAUUUGCUGUUUAUGCUAAAUCAAACCUCCAUGUUUACCAUGUCCACGUCAGCAGUGCCAUCAGUACAAGAGUGUUGUGACAUGCAGAAAUACUGCUCACUCAUUUCUACUUCUACGUUACUGACAAUUCAACUCAACCCUUCCUGCCAAUGCUUCAGAGGGCAGAAUGUGUUCCACACCCGCUGGAAGGACUCUAUUAAAUCCAAUCACGCAUUUAUUGCGACAUUACUCUCAAGUUCAGUCCAGCUAGUUGUCUCAACUACAUUUUUUUCUUUGUGAAAUCAGUAUUGUCUCAAAAAGCACCCAGGAUUUUGGUCAGGAACAAUGAUCCUGUUUCAUUUUGCUUCUUUCACUCCAUUUGUUUCAUAAGAUGGAUCUUAAAAUAUUUUUUUUACUUUUUUUCCUGCACAUGUCUGCAAUAUUAUCAAGUUAUAAAUGCAUGGACUUUUAGUUUCUAUUUUUGUUGGUCUAAUUUAUUAGUCAUUUCAGUAUUGUGACCCUGUUGUUUUCAGAAAUGUAACAUAGAAUUGUCAAUUGCACUGCUGACAUGUUUGAUGAGGGUGAACAGAGAAAUGGCUCAUUUCCAUGUGAAGCUGUGUGUGUUUGAGCUGAGUGUAUCAGCCUGCUCUGUGAUAAGCUACACAUGUAUCACUUCUCAGCUGUGGUGUUUACUUCCAGCCAGUUUUGCUGAAACAUUUAAUAGCUAAAUAAUAUGGCGUCUACAUUAACAACAAAUAACAAUCCUGCUUUGAUAUGUCUGUUAGUUUGCAUGCAUGGUGACAUGAGAUGUCAGAGGUUUCAAUAGGACGGUUAUUUUUGUAGUUUGUUAUUGAUCAAAAGUCACAGAUUUUGUCUCAUAGAUUUUAUUUACUGAAGAAUGAACAAAAUGGCAUCAGUUGAAUUUGUAUUAUAAGGAAGUUUCAUUAAACUAUGAUGA